UACAUUAUUAUUUUUUGUUUAACAAACGCGUCGAAAUAACUUUGUCAUUAUGUGAGAAUAUAUCUAAAAAAAUAAAAAUUGUUGCAUUAACUUAAACAAUCCAAUUUCAUGAACUUACUAUGUUUGUAUUCUACAGCUCAUUGAUUUUCACCAAACUUCAAAAAUCGUAACAAAGCUCCAUGAUUCCAGAAUUCAUAAUGAACUUGUCUAUAUGGUGGUUUCUCUACUGUUAUGUUCGCUCAAUUAUAAAGUGGUUUCUUCGAAAAACCACUGGAUUUUGUGAACUUCAAAGAAUCUGUUAUGGGGAAGUCAGUGGCGCUCCAAGAGUCAAGGGAGUCGAACAAUCAUUAUACUUAUCUAAAUCUAAGCAGAUUAGACAAUUGGUAGAUCAUUUAAAUGAUAUUGCGGAGAAUAGGAGGUUUACUGGAGCUAAUGAAAGAGAAAUAUUAAGAGGGGCUGUUAGUACAGUUCUUUUAGUUAAAAGAAUCAACCCUAAAAUCCACCAGCAGUUUGUUACUGCAUUUGGAAAAUGUGUUGAGCAAAUUUGGGGCUAUAAGCAAUUGAUGGCUGAAGUAGAAAUGUUGCGCCAGACCCCAUUUGAUUGUGAUGACUUUGAGCAUGAAAGAAAGUUAUAUGAUUUGUGGGAGAAUUUAAUGCCACAUGAGCAAUUAGAAGGUCGCAUCACGAAACAGUGGCAGGAUAUAGGAUUCCAAGGUGAUGAUCCUAAAACUGAUUUUCGAGGGAUGGGCUUGCUUGGUCUAGAAAAUCUACUCUUCUUUGCUACCGAGUACAAAGCGCCAGCACAACAUGUGCUUUCCCACUCGAUGCAUCCUCAAUAUGGCUACUGUUUUGCAAUAGUGGGAAUCAACUUGACUUCAAUGGCCUGGUCAAUGCUGAGAGACGGUAGCGCCAAGACCUACUUCUAUAAUACUUCAAGAAGCUUGCCGGCGAUACGCUUGUUUCACUCGUUUUAUAGUUAUUUAUUUUACGAGUUUGACAAGUUUUGGGUAGAUAGUAAGCCUACGGAUAUAAUGGAAUUUUCGGCAGUAAGGGACAAGUUUGAAAAAAAUGUGCGAGUUAGUUUGCAAAAUCCGCGGACUGAGUUUAAAAUCGCAUUGACGGUGGAAAUAGUUUAGUGGUUAAGGACUGUUUAAAAAUAAGAUUUAAUUUAUUUUGCGCUUUGGUAUCUGAAUAUCAACACUAAAGGUGACCAGAGGUUAAGGCAUAUGACUAUUUUCAAACUAUGGGGAUGCCGUGACAACUCCCCAUAUUUAUAUAAAAUUUCACGGCCAAGAGAAAUAUAAAAGUGUUCUAGUUUGCUGUCUGCACUUUAACAUAAAGUUUGAAAAUGCCGUUCAGAUCUGUUAUAAAAAUAUGACAAGUGAUAAUUUAAGGCAGUAUUAAAUACAAUGGGUCAAUGUGCUUACUAAAAAAUUUAAUAAAUUUUUUAAUUAGCAAUUAUUUGAAAAUUUUACUCUUAGGUAGUUUUUACUUGUUCUUUUAAAUCCAUUAUAAAAAAAAAAAUUUCAUCCUAUUAUAAAAAAGAUAGCUUGUUUAAUUUGAAUAUUGUAAAACAUGUUAUAUAAUGCUCACUUUUAUAACAUUCUUAAAAAAUAAAUAAUAGCGAAUUAUUUCAAGUGCCUCAACAAGAUAGAUAAAAACAAGAAAAAAUAUUAAGUAUUUUUUAACUUGGAAAAUUAAUUAGUGCAAUAUAGACUGGUAUUUAUUAGCUUUUUCCUAUAAAUGGUAAAGGAUCUCGUUUCGUCAUUUCGUUGACGCUUUAGAAAGGUACUAUCUACCUGUGACGUCAAUUUCUCCAAAUAUAGUAAUUAAUGUUUCGAAACACUUUCAUUUCACCUCAGGACGAUAGCCAAGAAAUAGUAGAUUGUUACCGAUAUUCGAGGGUUAAAUAGAAUAUGUAAAAAAAAAUGGAACAAAUCAUAAGAAACAUUAAAAAUAGAGAACUGUUUUCAAUAAAUCGGAAAUAAAGAAGGAAUUUUUAGUGAGGAAUUCAGGAAACAUAAGAAAUAAAUAUAUAUUGGAGAUUUUUAAUAUACUAAAUAUUCAAAACUAUUGAAUUAAAAUACCAAAAGAUAAGAUUACGCUACAAAAAGAUAAAACUAUCUUUUUACUGAUUUUUUUUUCUUAAGAAAAUAUAGCAGUUAUUACUAAUAGAGAAAUAUUAUUGAAACUUCUAAGUUUCAAUGGUAACACGCUACUUUUUCUAAUACGGCUUCGUUUUUCUAUUAGUUUGUUUGAUUUUGAUGUUGUGCAUGAUGUGUCGCUCACGUUUAAAACGUACUUUAAAAACCAAAAUAGAAAAAUAGUGUCUAACAGAAAAAAGUAUUUAACAUUUUUAAGUUAUCAUACCUAUAUUUUGAAUCAAGCAUCGCAUUACUUUAAUUAGUAACAUUGUAUCUCUCGGCUUCUGAAGUCUCCAAUGUGAGCCUCGAAUUUGGGAAUUUUUCAAAGGACUGAAGUUAGCGUUUAGUAGAGAUUGGUUGUAUAUUAGUUUUUGGUUACAAUAGUGAAUAAUAUCGUUUCGAUAUUCCGUUGACUCUUCAGGUAGGUGGCGUCAACUUGUGACAACGUUUUCAACAAAUUUAAGAAAUAUAUAUUUAUAUUUGAAAUGGUGAUUUUUAUAAAAAUGUCGUAUGUCGAAACACUUCUCAGUUUCAAGUCCUAAAACAGUAGGUGUAGUAAAAAAAGAGUUUUUCCAAAAAUUUUUCUAUCGGAUUGAAGUACACCUUUAACAUACAGCCGGUUAACCGGAAUCUUGUAACGUUGUUUGCGGAAGGAGUUGGACGAUUUAGAAAUCGCACUGCGUACUCCUGAACAGGUCGGAUACUGUUUGAGUACCAUCUCAUCCCCGUAAAUGAGUACUAUCUCAUAGUAAUCGUGGUUCCGAUAUAUUUGUGAACAAGUGAUAUUUCACUAAACGCGGAGCGUUUUUUGCUACAAACAGCUUAAUAUGCAAAAGCGCACUAAAAAUUUAGACCAAAAAACUUUACAACCAUCAUAUCACGUGCGUAACAUAUUACGCCACCGGCGGUUCAGCCGGCAACAAGCUCUGAUGGUUAUAUUUCUGAUGCGCAUUAACCAGAAAUUUUCAACUACUUUCCGUAAAAUGGAAAUUGAGAAAGUACUUUUCGUCUCCGGAUCUUACAGAGAACACGCUAUUUCAUUACUCUUCGCAUACUGGAAUAUUCUAUAUAUACAACACAAAAUUCGGUGCAAAUAUUUUAAAAGCGUAUUGUUGGAUUUAAAAUAAGACUUUUUUCCUAUAAACAUGCACAUGCGACGCAUCCUAAACAUAUGCACCCUCCCAAAGCUACAGCCCGCACAAAUUGCUUGAAGAAAAUCGAUUAGUUGGAACACUGACUACAGUUAUGCGUCAAAUCUUUUGAAAAUUUGCAAGUCCACGUUUUUUUGGCUGCUCUUGAGAUUUUCUGUCCCAAAAAUAGUGUCAACCCAAUUUAAGGGAAGAAUUCAGGGUAAGAUGAGAGUAUUCCGUUAAGAAAUUUGAAAAUCUAGAAUUAUCAUUUCUUGCAUUUUUUUCGAUACGAUACAAAGCCUUUCGAUAAGAAUAAAUCGAAAACAUAAAAUAGGGACAAAACGGUAAAGUUUUAAAGUUGGAUUUUUUGAGACGGUUCCAAAUCAUCGAUUUUCUUCAAGCAAUUUGCGGCCGUGAAAAGGUCGCAUGAUUUCUCGAACGAGCAUACCCGAAGGCACCGGCUGUACACACACACACACAAGACGUAGAUGGAGCGCGCACAGGAGACGUAACUGGAAAACUACUCAAAACGAAAACUGAGCCACUUAAAAAAAUUUAAACCAUUUUUUGUGAAUAGUUUUUUGAAAAAGUUAUCCUUUUCUCCUUUAUUUGUAAAAGACUACUGUUAAAAUUGUUAAUGUCUUAAACCUGUCGGAUGUGUUAUUUAGGAAUAAAAAAUUCAAAAUUGAAUAAGUCAAUAAAUCAUGAUAUAAUUUUUUCCAUCUUUUAAUGAGGCAAUAUCUUAAAACUAUUCUUAAUAGCGAGUAAGCCUUCCUCUGGAUCUGAUAACUUUAGCACAACGACUGGCCAUAGUCUCAAUCAAGGUUCUGAUCAAUUCCUGGGGUAGUUGUUCCCAUUCUUGAAUAAGAAGUUCUUCAAGUUCGUGGAUGGUUUGUAUAGGUUGCCGCUCAAAUAAUCUUCGUCCUAUUGUAUCCCACAGAUGUUAAGAUCUGGACUGCUAGCCGGCCAUUUCAUAACUUGAAUAUUAUAGUCAUUUAAAAAAGUUUUUGUUAUCUUAGCCACGUGUGGCAUUAUUAAGUUGUAAAAUGAAAUCUGCUACCAUAUUAUCCGUAAAAGGAAUCACGUGGCGUCAUAAAAUGUAUUCUAAGUAACGUAGUGCCAUUAAGGAACCGUUUACGAUUACCACAAGUCGGUGCACCAAUUUAAACAUAUACCAGCCCAUAUCAUAAUAGACCUUCCGCCAAACCGAACAGUUUCUUGCAUGGAGUCCAAAUACCGCUCAUCUAUUCGUCGCCAUACACGAACUCGUCCAUAGUUGUGAUGUAAGCAGAAUCUGGACCCAUCCGUAAACAAAACAUUACUCCAUUAUGGUAUUGUCCAAUGACGGUGUGGUUCGGCAAAAAUUCUUCGAGCUUUUCGAUGCUCUGCUUAUGUUAAACGAGGCACUCUAACCGACCUUCUAGCAUGCAACUGAGACUGACUAAAGUCAUUACGUACUGUUUGAUCAGAAAUUCUGGUUCAGACUUAAUAAACGGUCUUCUCGAGCUGAUGUGGUACUUUGACAUUGAAGUAAUGUCACAAGUUAAAUACCGAGACUAUGGUCUGUUUAUAGCGACCCGACUAACAUUUUUUUCUGAGAAAACUAACACAAAGUCUAUAUUACAUUGUGAUUGUAAAAUAAUAUAUUAAUUUAAUUACAAAAUACGUGAAAUAUAAGCUUAUGGAGUAGUGGCUCCUUUUUCGUUUUAAGUAUUUUAUAUUGUAUAUCGCUCACUUUUAUAAUAGCUAUAGAAACAAAUUUAGCAAAAUAUAUUAAGUGCCUAACAAACAAAACGAAGUAUUUAAAACUUUUAAUUAUUUUCAAUCUGAAGGUACCCAACGAGUAUAAAUUGGUUAGAUGUUAGUUUUCGCAAACAAAUGAUGAAUAAUAUCGUUUCGUCAUUCCGUUGACUCUUCAGACAGGUGGUAUCAACCUGUGACGACAUUUUCACCAAAUUUAACAUAGAUAGGUGACCUCAGAUAUAAUCAUAUUUGAAGUAACUUUUAUAAAAAUGUCGCCUUUCGAAACACUUUUGUUAAUAAAUCUACCCAGAAAUAAACGAAAUAUAUUUUCAAUAUCUUUCGUUAAUAUUCCAUUCCUCAAGGUACUGCGUGCGGAGCUAUUAAGGAGACAGACCAAAAGAUAAGAUUAUGUUACAAAUCUCCAUUAUACCAAAUAUUCAUUUCUACAGUGUAGCUACUAGUAUAGCUACCCACAUUCGAAACUAUUAAGGGAACAUACCAAAAGAUAAGACUAUUAGAAAUAUCCAAUUUUAAAAUACGUCAAAGAUAAAAUUAUACAUUAAUUUUUUAAUGAAAUGUUCUAUUUCAUACCACAGUUAAUUAUGGAAUAGUGAAUAUUAGUUAUAAAUAUAUUUAUAACUUAAUAUUAAUAAUAAACUUUUGUAAGGAAUAAUAUUAUGUAUACAAAAUUAUGGUGUAUAUCAUCAAUUUUACCAUGCAUACAUACAACAUAAUCUUAGGCUAAGGGCAAUUUCUUCCAAAUAUAUAUGGAACUAGAUAUUUUCAGCUUUUUACAAAAACCUGCGUCCCAAAAUUUGGUAUCCCAACGAUACCUACUUAUAUAUUCGGUACAUUACCAACAGAGGGCUGACAGGUUUAUCAAUAUUCUAUAUCCAUGUCGACUGUAGUUAAUACAACCUUAUUUUUUAUAUGAGCAGUCAUAUUUUAAAGGUUUCUUUGCUUUCCUUGAUCACCUAACCCUGAUGAUACCAUAAUUGUGAAAAGAAGACCAAGAAAAAAUGUUGAUAAAUGAUUUAUAUAGUUUUUCAUUGUUAUCUCCCGUGCCUCCCUUCACACUUUAUCUAGGCUUAGGACUAGUCCAAAUUAUGUUGGGUGCAACAUUUGGAGCGUGUUUAAAGGCCAACAGGCUAUAACAAUAAAUUAAUUUAAUCAUGAAAUUUUUCUUUAAUCCUAGUUAACUUUUUCGGCCAUUUUAAGGGGUGAGAAAUAAACCUACCAGCCAUAAAUUUUGAAAAUAUUUACAUGGGAUGUCAACAUACCAAUUCAACUUCAAACGUAAAAAAACUAAUAAAAUAGUUUAAUACCUCUGGAAUGAACGAAGAUUAAACAGUUUUUUACAAAUCUACUUUAUGAUGUUAAAGUUGUAACGGAUGAGUUUUCAGUUUUGCUCUAAUUUAUUACAAAACGUUUUUUCUUAUGCACUCCCUACUUAUUUUGUUCACCAUGUACUAGUAAAUAAGUUCAGGUUUACUUAAAAUUCCUCUUUAACGUGUGGUUCUGAAAUACCAACGAAAAUGUGCUGCGUUCAGUCAAUUCUUAAAGUGAAUUCACCUCAAUAAAAACUGUACCUCCUAUCUCUGUUUUUUUUCCUAAAUUUCUCACUUUUCCAAAAAAUUAAAUAGUUUCCAUAAAUAUUGCACUGUAUAGAAAAUGUCCCAAAAAAACUUUUAAUAAAAUAUUUACUCUCAAUAGUCAUUUGAAGCUUCGAACUUUUAAUUGCUAAAUUAAGAAGGCAACCAAUUAUUGGUUCAACCGUAAUUUUCAUUUAGUAGCCUAAGGACUUAUUGGAUACAAGAUAAAGUAAACGUCGCCAGCCUGUGGCGUGUGGAGUGAGACAAGAUGAAAGAAACUCUAGGAAUUCAAAAUCGGAAAAUUCAGUGGCGGCUCAUGUGCUUUUUUAUAGGGAGGUCAAAAAAAGUUUCUUAAAAUGUAAAAAUUACUGUUUUUUAUUAACUCAGCUGUCGACUAGGUGUUCAGCAAAAGCUGCUAUUGUUUUGACCCUUUAAAAUCUUCGAGGCACUUUGAAGUAAUUUUUUUACAUCUUUCAUAUAUGUAAAAUAAUUUAAUGUGUGUUUCAGACUUUUGUACUAAUUUUCAAUUUUAUUCUACCUAUUUCAAGUUAUUUUAAAAUUAUUUUUCUUCCAGAUAUUUGACGUAAUUUUUUAAUAUUUUUCAGACAUUUAAGUGCAAUGACAAGUCCAAUAUAAGUUUGUUCUAUCUUUUCUAUAGUAGAUAAAAGUUUUAGAGAUUUUUUUUUUUGGGUCAUGAUUUAGUGGAGCAGGUGCCAAUGAUAAUUAUAAUUAAUACAUUUUUCUAAACGCUUUUAACUCUAGCAGAAUUGAUAAAAAAACUGAUAUUUUUUUAAAUAAAAAUCAGAAAAAAAUAAGCUUAAAAAAAAUUCUUUGCAAAUCUGACACCAGCUUAAUUAAUAAAACCCAAGAAUUUUAAAUAAUCGUUAUAAUAUUGAAAUCGUUAUAAUAUUGAAAAUAGUGCAAUGCGAUUUUAUUUCAAUUAUUUAUUUUUUACUUGUAGUUAUUUUCAAUUUUUAGUUUAUGGAAUCUGUAGAGGUUAGGAAGGGCCCCUUUGGCGACGCCUUUAGAACAUUAUUUUGAAUAAAAAUACUUUAUAUCCUACUAAACUGAAACAAAAAUUCUGAAAUUACGACAGGUAUAUCUAUUUUUUAAAUCUUGCAAUGAACAUCCCUAAACAUAAAAAAUAUUAUUAACCAAAACCUUUGUCCCACUAACAAAGUUUUCCUUUUGUGGGUAAUCGUUUAUUUAUUUUACCUUAUUUGUUUUACUGAGUUGUAAUAUUGAGAAAUUUGAUAUAAAUAAACUUAUAAUUAUUAUUAUUAAAUAAACCAUUGCCAAAAAGCAAUAAAUUAAAUCGACAAAAUUUUGGCUUCUAUCCCUAAAAGUACUGAAUAUUCUGCGAAAUCAAAAUGAAAAGAUAUUUAAAAAAAAACUAACUUAAAAAAAAUCCAGAUAUUAACUUUAAAUUGGUGACUUACUAAGCCACAUUACUAAAACCAUAAUUUUAGGAUCAUGACAGAUUUCUUAGUUUUGUUAUGUCCAUUAGUUUAUUUUUGCAGUUUGCGCUGUUUUUCAAAAUGUUCACCUCAUGAUUGUGAAAUAGCUAUCGAUACGUAUGGUAGAAUCAUCUAUAUAAUUAGGUAUACAAUGUAAUUUUCCGGGAAUUGCAUUUUUGGAUUAAAGGAAAACUAUAAAUAAGAAAAUACUGAACAUUUUUCAAUGUUGCAGGGCCAUUGGGGGACAUACCAUUAAAAUAUUUGAUACUUUUCUUUUAUAUCACAUCCUAUAAAUUAUUAUAGAUUCCAUUUGAAACUAAAUUUUCACCUAAAAAUGUAACCACAUUAGUUGAUAUACAUCUUGUAAAGCCUAAUAUGCCAAAACUAACAAAAUAUUUUAGUUGUAUUCCGCUCAAUAAUCGAUACAUACAGUCGAUUUUGCUUCUGGGUUUAAAUGUUUAUAUCGCGCCACUCUUUCCCGUCAAAAUAGCCGGGACCAGCUCUUUUGGCAAAUAAAAAUUUACUAAUACUAUAUCUAAUCCGGGCAAAUAAAACUGCAUGUAAUUCUUAACUAUUAUUUACUUACUUAGUUACAAUUUCUCCUAAAUUUAUUUACAUUAAAAUGAAGUUAUAUCACUCGUAACUCCAUCCGCUAUCACAAGAUAAAGUAAUAUAAUAUAUGGGCCUUUUUAAAAGGCAGAUCACAACGAAAAAUUCAUUUAUUUUAAAAACCUGAGAAAUAAAAUUGCUUCUUCAGGCAUAUAUUAAAAGUUUUUAAAAUAAAUGGUAGAAAAUAUGAUUUGCAGCUAUUUAAAGUCAGCAAAUCAACUGAAUGGUAUUCAACCAGAAUUUGCGAACUACGCGAUUUAAAAAAUAAAGUGGCAAAAUUCCGGAUAUGAAAGAUCAGUCCAUUUUAGUGUGCAAUGUAUUAUUUUUCUGUACAAGUUGAUUAAAAAAUAAAUGUCUUAAAUAUUUAAGCAAAAAAAUCGGCCCUUUGCAAGGUUAAAAAAAAUGUUUCAGUUAAUUCCACUGUGUAAAGUUUUCACCUAAAUGGUUAAGGUGAUGCAACAUACAUAUAUCAAAUUUAAUAGAAUGUAUAUAUAUAUAGAAACAGAAAAAUUAAGAUUCUGAAUAUUAAUACAGUUUGUGAAAAAGGCGCAUUUUUCACAUGGUUAAAAUAUGUUAUUGCUCGAUUUCUUAAAAAAAUUAUCUGCUCAGCCAAAAACGAUAUUUAAAUAUGUGUUGUGUAUUUAAAAUUGUAUUUUAAUUUUCAUAUAAUUUCAUUAACAAGUGGAUGGACAAUACUGCUAUAACAGUAAAGCAUAACAGAUAACAAUCUUGUACAAACCAACAGACUUCAAAUUAUCUUUGUCCAGUGGACUUAAGUAUAAUUAGUUUAACUGAGUCCAAUAGAAUGAUUUUUUUUGAAACGCGAUUGGACUCUGGUACUACUUGAUGAAAAAUGUUUCUUCAUAUUGAUGCAUAUAUUGGACGUCCCAGACAGUCCAGUACUGCUAUAAACUAGGUCGAAAUGUCAAUGGAUUAAUAAUGAACACCCUAUGAAUAAGAAUUUUGGAAAACCAAUGAACAUCAAAAUAACUUUGAAAGGUAUAAUUAGUUUACUUGAGUCCAGUGAAUAAAUUUUCUUGAGAAGCCAUUGGACUCUUUUUUUAAAUUUAUUUCUAUAUAUGCAUAAUAUGUCCAUCUGUAGUCGAAAAAUGUUUCUUUAAUAUUUAUGGGACGUACGAUAGAUUUACGAAUUUCUUAAUCCCAUGGCUUGAAAAAGAGAGCAGCCAUUGAACUAAUAAAAAUGAAAAGCCAUUUAAAAAGAUACCAUAUAUCUCUCGAACAUAUAGAAUCAUAUUCUCGAACUGUGUCAGUGUGAAUAAAUUAACGGAUGUUUUCUAGAGCGAUUGGUACUGCCUAUGAAUCUGCAUGGAUGACUGCCAUAGAACUCGUGAAAUUUAUGUCACAUUUCAUAAAACCGGCGAAUGCAUCCGCAAAUUAACCCGAAGCUGGCAAUUGGUCAUGGUAUAACGAUGAUUCAGUUUCCCCUCCAUUGUUCACAUUGCAUGCAACCGUAUUUGGACCAUUCAAAUCCAUGUAUCACAACCAACGCCAUACUGGUUUGAAAAAUAUCAUCAAAAUAUUAUCAAAAAUAUUGACAUUUAUUAGCUAUCGCUGAUAAAUGUCUUGAUGCGGCUGCCAGGCCCAAGAAUAUAAAAGCGGGUUUUCGGGCAACUGGCAUUUUUCCAUUUGAUCCAAAUGUUGUUUACAUCUGAAGAUUUUGUAGCAACUAGUUUGAGUAGAGAAAAUAAAUGCACCGAAAACGAAAAUUAUCACUCUGAUGACUAUCGAAUUGUAAUGGUUCGUUAUGAUGUCUUAGAGACAGCAGCACACAAAGGCGUGAUGUUUUCCAAAUCAGAAGGGUCCAAUCUUGGACCCAUAUCGUCCAUCGACUUAUAGUGCAUUAAAAGAAGAGAUGAAGUAAAUCUUCUCAAAAGUAGUACUCCAGGGAUAAGUCCGAUCGUCGCCGAAAGUCGAUGCGAACCACCAUUGUGACAUCGCCAGAGAAUGCUGACACUCUGCUUCAAAAAGCCGAAACCAAACGCAGCAAAAAAAAAAUAGAAAACUUCCGAAAUUCUACCGAAGAAACGCGGUCGUCCCGCACUUUCCACAUCCUCAAAGAUUUCAAAUUUAUUGGAUUUUAAAGAAAAAUAGUUUUAGAUUGGACAUUGCGUGUUAUUGUGCGAGUUUUAGUAGUUUUUUUGGUAAAAUGACUGAUAAGCGCAGAGCUAUAAAUUUGAAAGAAAAAAUAGACAUCAUUAAAAGUAUUGAAAGUGGCAUUAACAAAUCGGAAAUUGCGGAGAAGGAAAAACAUGGCAAAAACAACAGUUUCUACAAUUUGGAGCAAUCGUGAAAAAAUCAAGCAAGCAAGUGAAAAUAAAUCGCAAAGAAUUAAGAAAAUUAGGAAUCCCGUACGCCCAGAUGUGGAUCAAGCUCUUAUUCGAUGGUUUGAGGUGAGAAGAACCGAAAAUAUUCCUAUAAGUGGACCACUUUUAAAAGCAAAAGCAGAAGAUUUAUCUAAGGGAUUACACGGUGGAGAUUUUAAGUGCUCUACAGGUUGGCUCGAGCGUUUUAAAGUUCUUCACAACAUCAAUGUCGGCAAAGUGUCCGGUGAAGCAGGAGAUGUUAGCAAGGAAGCUGUGGUGAACUGGUUAACCGAGAAAUGGCCAGGUAUUGCACAAAAUUACAGCUGUGAAGACAUUUUUAAUGGGGAUGAGACCGGACUAUUUUACAAGAUGACUCCAGCCCGUACACUGAAAUUUAGAGGAGAAAAGUGUAUGGGAGGCAAACAAUCAAAGCUAAGAUACACCGUUUGGGUUUGUGCAAAUAUGACAGGUAGUAAAAAACGUAAACUUCUUGUCAUUGGUAAACACGAACCACCGAGGUGCAUGAAAAAUAUUAAAAACCUGCCUGUUAUUUAUAAAUCGAAUAGACGCGCAUGGAUGACUUCAAACAUUUUUAUUAAUUAUUUGAAAGAGUGGGAUGAAAAACUAAGACGUCAAAAAAUAAAAAUAUUGCUUCUAGUGGACCAUUGUGCAGCUCAUCCAAAGAAUGUAGAUCUGACAAAUAUCAGAUUAGAAUUUUUGCCUCCCAAUUGCACUUCUGUCAUACAACCAAUGGAUCAAGGCAUAAAAAAAUGCCUGAAAACCUAUUACCAUAGAUAUUUUAUGUAUCGCCUAAUUCAAGCAUUGGAUAGUGAGGAAACGUUCAAUCUAACAAUUCUAGACUCGAUAAAAAUAAUUGCGAAAUCUUGGAAUGAGGUUUCACAAAAAACGAUUCAAAACUGCUUUCGACUGCUGCUCUAGUGAAAUCGAUCGAGGAGUUUGAUUCAGAUGAUGACUUGCCUCUGAAUCAGUGGUACGAGAAAUAUAAAAGUGUUGAUGAUGAUAAUGACUGCGAUAUUCCGCUAAGUUAUUGGUUGCAAAAUCACUACCAAGACGUAACUACUGUAGAAAAAUAUCUUCCUGAACUAGAUAAUUUUACGACCAUCGACGACCAUCUGGUAGCAACAGAGACCUUAACGGAUUGCGACAUUAUUGCCGAACUUAUAGAAUCAAACUGUUCAACGAAUGAUGUAUGUUCCGAUAACAAAAGCGGCGAUGAUGAUGGACCAGUGAACGAGCCCAUUCCAAGUUAUUGUGAAGCACUUUGUGCAAUUAAAACUGUUACGAAUUUCUUACAAUAUACUGAUUACGGAUCUGAUGAUACAAUUUUACAAGCCUCGUUAAAAGUUGAGAAGCACAUCGAGAAUUUCAAAUUGUGUAAAAAAAAAUCAGCAAACAAAAAUAACACGUUAUUUUUUUGAACAAUCGUAACUAAUAAAUAGUACAGAUUUAUUUUGAUUACAUAUGUAUAUGUAUCCUAUUUCAAUGUUAUAUUUUACAUAUUAAUAUUAUAUCUUUUUUUGUAUUUAAUACUUAGAAUGUAUUUUUUGUUAAUUUAGUCCUUUAAUUAAUACAAAUAAAUCUUUACAUAUUUA